AUGGCGUGGUCAAAGACGACGCGGAUCAGCAUCAUGCUGGCCAUCGAUAUCGUCUUCUUUCUGGUUGAGUUAAUUGUUGGUUUGCUCGUCAAGUCGCUGGCCCUGACCGCAGAUGCCUUCCACAUGCUCAACGACAUCAUUUCCCUUUGUGUUGGUCUCUGGGCCGUCUCCGUCGCGAGAAAGGCCACUACCGACAAGUACUCCUAUGGCUGGCUGCGAGCCGAGAUUCUCGGUGCUUUCUUCAACGCCGUCUUCUUGAUUGCCCUCUGCGUCACCAUCAUCCUCGAGGCCAUCACCCGAUUCUUCGAUCCUCCCGAGAUCGAGAACCCUCAGUUGAUCUUUGCCGUCGGUGCCCUCGGACUUGUUUCCAACCUCGUCGGAUUCUUCGUUCUCGGCGGCCACGGCCACUCCCAUGGUGGCCACGAUCACGGCGAUGACGAACACGACCAUGAGCACGCUCACUCCCACGGCCACUCCGACGAGCACGCCGCCGAAGAGGGCCGUGCUACGACCCUUGCCAGCGAUGAUACCGGCAACGUUGCCGACGUUCUCCCCGAGGCCGUUGUCGCUAGAGCCACCGCCGCCCCUCAGUCGCCUCGCCACAUCAGAUUCGAGAGGGAGUCUGAUGCGUCCGGCCGAAACCAAAGCCGUGCUUCGGGAGCGUCCAAGGCUCAGGACCGUCGCAAGAGCGGCAGCCGUCACCACUCGCGCCUCACUAGCAUUGAGGAUAUCAGCAUCUACCCCUCGAGCUUCCGACAGGAGAUUAUUGCCGCCAGCCAACCCCAACUUGAUGGUCAGGAGUCCGCAAGCGAGAGCGAGAUCGAAGAGACGGUCGUAGAGGACGGCGAUGCGGACGAGGAGUCCCCUCUGCUCAAGUCAAAUGGCAACAAGUCUUCCUACACAAUCGAGCAACCCCGUGGUCGUUCCGGCUCCAAGCGACCUAGAAGAGAGUCCAGCUUGCACGUCGGCCACAACCACAACAAGGAGAGAAAGAAGGCCUCGGGCGGACACGGCCAUAACCACGGCGAUAUGGGCAUGAAUGGCAUGAUUCUCCACGUCAUUGGUGACGCCCUGGGCAACGUCGGCGUUAUGGUCUCCGCCCUCAUCAUCUGGCUCACCGAGUGGCGUGGCCGCUUCUACUCCGAUCCCGCCGUCUCUCUGCUCAUUACCCUCAUCAUUCUCAGGUCCGCCUUUCCCCUGACUAAGGCUACGUCCAAGAUUCUGCUGCAAGCGACCCCCGAUCACAUCGACCUCAACGAGAUUCGCGAGGACAUCCAGGGCCUCCCCGGUGUGGUCAGCUGCCACCAUGUCCACAUCUGGCAACUCUCAGACACCAAGAUCAUCGCCUCCAUGCACGUUCAGGUGAGCUUCCCCAUCUCGGCAGAAGGCGGCGAGAAAUACAUGGAGCUCUCCAAGAGGGCACGCAAGUGUCUCCACGCCUACGGCAUCCAUUCUGCCACCAUUCAACCCGAGUUCUGCGGCGAUGAGAACUAUCCCGAAGACCCCCACGCCCAACACGCACUACAGUACGACGGAGCUGCUACUUACGGCUCCCCUCCCAAGCAGGCUUGCCUGCUUGAGUGCGUCGACGACUGUGUUGGCAAGGGUUGCUGCUCCGGAUCAGAGUCGACUGCCGCCGGCAGCGUACGUAGCCACUCGGCCCACAGCCAUGAUGACCAUGCUCAUGGUGGCCACGGCCACAACCAUAGCCACGACCACGGUCACUCACACUAA